AUGGCGGGGAGAAGCUUCGUCUUCACGUCCUCUGCUCUGCGCUCUCUACAGCGGGAUCAGGACCUGCUGGACAGAGACCGCCACAGGAGGCAGCUGGCGGAACACCGCGUCAGCAGCUACGUCCCGCAGUGGGCCCGUGAGCCCCCCGGGACCGGCUCCGUCCGGCCCCCCGUCCUCUGUGAGGACGUGGUCGUCCACAACGCGCUGUACACUGGAGACCUGCAGGCUCUGCAGCGCCUGUUUCCCGCAGGAUCCUCCGCCGACGUCACACUGGAGCCGCGAGGGGGCGACAUGCGAUGGGUCCCAGCAGGAGACGGACUGUGGUCUCUGACGUACGAGCAGGAGCUGACCACGCCGCUGCACGUGGCCGCCGGCCGAGGCUUUGCGGACUGCCUGAAGCACCUGCUGCAGCGGGGGGCCGACGUGGACCGGGCCCCCGGGGGAUCCACCGCCCUGCACGAGUCCUGCGACAGCUGCCAGCCAGAAUGCACCAAACUGCUGCUGAUGUACGGCGCCGACGCCAACGCCAUGACCGACGACGGUCUCAUGCCACUGCACGUCUGCACCGAGCCACAGUCGUUGGAGUGUGCGCGCUACCUGCUCCAGUUUGGCGCGGUGGUGGGGGCUCGCAGUGCGGAGGAGGACGACACGCCGCUGCACGUGGCGGCGCGCGGCGGGCUCGCGGACCACGUGGACCUGUACCUGCGCUACGGGGCCCCGGUGGACCCCGUCAACCGCGAGGGCCUGACACCGCUCAACGCCGCGUGCGCGCAGCCGCAGGAGGCGCGCGACCUGCCGCGCUACUUCCAGGUGUGCAAGCGGCUUUUGGAGGGCGGGGCGGACGCGCGCACCAUGGACCAGGACCGGCGCACGCCGCUGCACCUGGCCUGCAAGAGCGCCAACCCGGACGUGGUGGAGCUGCUGCUCGCGAAAGGCGCGUGCGUCAACGACAUGGACUACGGGGGCGAGGCGCCGCUGCACAACAUCCUGAAGGUGGUCUGCUUCAAGGUCGACCACCAGCCGCACAGGAUCGUGCGCGCGCUGCUCAACUACGGCUCCAUCCGCGUGUGGCCCGGCGCGCUCCCGAAGGUCCUGCAGCACUGCUCGCCGUCGCCGCGCACCAUCGAGGUGCUGCUGAACGCCUACAGCCGGCUGAAGGUGACGGAGGCCUGGAGGGAGGCGGUGCCGGCUGAGCUGCUGGAGGAGCAUCCCGUCUUCUUCCAGUCGGUCUUCAGUCUCCAGGACGCCCCUCGCUCUCUGCAGCAUUUGUCUCGCUGCAGACUGAGGAGCUUCCUGGAGGGUCGAGUCCACGAGGUGGUCCCCAAACUGGAGCUGCCCGACAUCAUCAGGAAGUACCUGCUGCUGGAGUACAGAGGCUACGUCCACUGACACACACACACACACACACACACACACACACACACACACACACACACACACACACACACACACACGCUGCAGCGUGAUGGAGUGAGUUAUCGCCCAGAUGAAGAAGCGCCAGCCGUCAGGAGAGUCAGAACUGAGGCUCCCUGUGGCGUUCUGUCGUUCCUCUCUGUUAUGGUUCCCGUCGGUUCAGUGUAAAAAACGAAGAAGGGCCGAACAGCGACUCCUCAGCUGCUGCUGAAGAUCAGUGUCUGUUUAGAAACCAGACUGUUUGUCAGAGACCGUUAGCACCAAUCUGAAGAAUAAAAACGGAGAAAUCUUCUGUGAUUCUGACAGUUCGGUUCAGAUCAGCUGGGUUCAAACACAUCUUAUCACGAAGAGGAAUUUCUCCCUGAACUUCACAUCCACCAGCUUUUCUUCCUUCAGACUCCUCUUCACUGAGGGUUGGGUUCGGAUAAGAACAAACUGCAAGGCGCGAUGCUCUCGGGGACUGGAGGAUUAAAAAAUCUUGAAAUUCCUUUAAAAAAACCAAAUUGGUAAAUAAAAACCCAUAAGAUUGAUAAAAGUCAUAGAAUUAAAAUGGACCAAACCCCUACACGGGUCACGUAGCGGCAUCUCAAAAAGCUCCGCCCCCACAGCGCCGGGAUGGAUGGUCCUUGAACCAUUCGACUAGCUGGGUGGCAGCUUUGCUCUGACUGUCACCUGGUUAUUACACUGCUCACCAAAUCACAAUAAUGUUUCUUUGCUGUCGUUCGCUCACGUCUGAUAAUUGGAAAACAAUUUUGUUCAUAUUCUUCAAGACAGCUGAGGAUCACCUGGGGCUCCACUGGCACUGCACACACACACACACACACACACACACACACACACACACACACGCCCUCAGGGUUCUGUCUGAAUUUUCAUGUUUUUCAUUAGAAUUUUAUUCCAGGUUUUUUUAUUUUAGAUCAUUUUAGUCGUUAAGGCAUGCAACUAAAGAACAUUCUCUGAAUAAAACACUGUUUGAUGCAUUUGUUGUUUCUUUUUUUCCAGCUAAAAAUCAAAAUGAUCACAUUUAAUGUUUAAAACGUGUUUAUAGUGUAGAAUAAAUAAUAAUCAUAUUUUAAUGUUGAGAUUUUCUGCAACGCUCCGGUGGAUUCAGCGUUGCUGCAUCGUUUCUCCAAACUGUUCCGGGAUUGUUAUUGUCUUUUUAAUUCAAUGUAAUUACACACUUUGUGCGUGUGUGCGCGCGCACGUGUCUGCGUCGCCGAUGAUUUACACCUGUUUUCUGGUAAAUGAACAAAUUACUGCGCCUACAAGUUCAAUUAGAUUAACGAGCCGGAAAACGGAAGAAAAACGGGGGGAAAAGAUUUUUCUGUGAUUUCCUCUUUUUAAAUCUCACAUUAGAUAGGGGUGUGUGUGUGUGUGUGUGCGUGUGUGUGUGUGUGUGUGUGUGUGUGUGUGUGUGUGUGUGUGUGUGUGUGUGUGUGUGUGUGUGUGUGUGUGUGUUUCUCCGGCAGGGAGCGCUGCAGACUAUCGUCACGUCUCUCUCUCGUGCGUUUUGCUGGCGCUGAUCUCCACAGUCUGCACGUUCACGCGCUGUAAUGAGGCCCUAAUCCAGAUUAAACAUUUUAAUUAAAUUAUUGGAGGCUGAUGGAAAAUGUCACUUUCCAAUCUGUAGCUGAAAGUUUGAAUUUCCUGCAGUUUUGAAAUAAAAUUCAUUUA